CCUUUCAGCAUCUCAAGAGGAAAGAUCCGUUUUGUGUAGAAAUAAGUGAUUUCCAGAGGACAGCCCCAAUGACAGAACUGUCUGCGCAUUUACCCCAGUUUCAGCAUGGGCAGCUGACAGAAAACUUCCCUGAUAACCAUCUCAGCAAUACUGUGUUACUGACUUUUUAGCUUCAGAAUUUUCACUUUUAACUAUGUCUGAGGAAAGUGAAGAGUCUGUUCCUUUGCUUCCACUUCAGCAAGAGUCCAUGGCCUCUGCUCUGUUUAAUACUGAUCAGAAUGACAACAGUGAAAGACGUCGCCAUGAUAAUAGUGAGCGCAGAAGAAAUGACAAUCCUGAGUCUGAGACCAAUGGGCAGCCACAAAACAACAUUCAGCAAGUGGUGGAACAAGACGAAGAAGAAGAUGAGGAGCUGACGCUGAAAUAUGGGGCAAAACAUGUGAUUAUGUUGUUUGUACCUGUCACGCUUUGCAUGGUGGUCGUUGUUGCAACCAUCAAGUCUGUCAGCUUUUAUACACGGAAGGAUGGACAGCUCAUCUACACUCCUUUCACAGAAGAGACAGAGACAGUAGGACAGAGAGCCCUGAAUUCAAUUCUCAAUGCGGCUAUCAUGAUCAGCGUUAUCAUUGUCAUGACCAUACUCCUGGUUGUGCUUUACAAAUACAGGUGCUACAAGGUGAUCCAUGGCUGGCUUAUCAUUUCUUCUCUUUUGCUGCUUUUCUUUUUCUCAUUCAUCUACCUGGGUGAGGUUUUUAAGACGUAUAACGUUGCCAUGGACUACAUUACGGUGGCACUCAUGAUCUGGAACUUCGGUGUUGUGGGAAUGAUUUGUAUUCAUUGGAAGGGUCCGCUUCGGCUCCAGCAGGCGUAUCUCAUUAUGAUAAGCGCUCUCAUGGCAUUGGUGUUCAUUAAGUACCUUCCUGAAUGGACUGCAUGGCUUAUCCUGGCUGUCAUUUCAGUGUAUGAUUUGGUUGCUGUCCUGUGUCCUAAAGGUCCUCUUCGUAUGCUAGUUGAAACAGCUCAAGAGAGAAAUGAAACUCUCUUCCCAGCACUUAUUUACUCCUCAACAAUGAUAUGGUUAGUGAACAUGGCUGAGGAAGAUCCAGAAGCCCAACGGAAAGCUUCCAAAAACUCCACUUAUGAUAAACAAGCUCCGGCAAACCAGACUCAAAAUGAAGAUGCUGAAGCAGAUGAUGGUGGCUUUAGUCAAGAAUGGCAGCAACAAAGGGACAAUAGAAUAGGACCCAUUGAAUCAACACCUGAGUCACGUGCUGCUGUUCAGGCUCUACCCAGUAACUCUCAAACAAGUGAAGACCCUGAAGAGCGAGGAGUAAAGCUAGGUUUAGGAGACUUCAUUUUCUACAGUGUCCUUGUUGGCAAGGCCUCUGCAACAGCAAGCGGAGACUGGAAUACAACUUUAGCAUGUUUUGUAGCCAUAUUAAUUGGUCUGUGCCUUACACUUCUGCUUCUUGCCAUCUUUAAGAAGGCCUUACCAGCUCUUCCAAUCUCCAUAACCUUUGGGCUAGUUUUUUACUUUGCUACAGAUAACUUGGUGCAACCCUUUAUGGACCAGCUAGCAUUCCAUCAGUUUUAUAUCUAGCACACUUGAUGCUGGUAUUCUGUGGAUAUUUGUAGCAAAUCUGGGAGGAGGAAAAAUGUUUUUCCCUCAGUUCUCAAGUGAGACUGAAGUUUAAUACUCAAGAUUCCAAGCCUGAAUCAUUACAACUUCCUCCGAUGGUGUUUGGUUUUGGUUUUGUUUUUUCCCCGAGACAACUGCUGCACUGGGCACCAUAUGAAUUUUCCUGUGUGAAAGUGGCUUCUUCCUGAUGGCUGGUCUAAACCAGGUGCUAUUAUAUCAGAGGUAAUCUGAUAUAUGUAUCUCUGGUAAGGACCACCUGUGUGCAAAGUGCUAAUGCUUCCACCAGCAAUGCGAUCUCUUACCACAGGUUGAUUAUUUUCACAGCGUUAAGGGUGCUCAGAACUUCCUUGAUGUUAACAAAGGAAGCUGACAAAUCACAUGGAACUUGUCUCUAACCGCUUGAAGAGAGAGAACCCAAUUCAGACUUCUUCAGCAGUGAUUUUUUGACAGUGGAGUCCUGACUGCUUUGUGUAAGGAGAAAAGGACUUUGUAGCAAUUCGACAAAGGGAGAAAGUACUGUCACUCUAAGAGUGCUCCACCACUUCAUAGCCUCUGUGCCUGAGUGUGCUUGGUUUAUCAAAUUUAAAUUUUUUUUUUUUUUCCCACACUGGAACUAGAGCAUCUUCUCAGUUUUAAUACUUUCUAUCCUCAAGCAUGGAGUGCACCUGCUCCAGUUUAUGUAGCUACUUAGACUUGGACUGAAUUAUUUGGCAUUAGUGGAUCUCAAGGUCCUAAUUUGGAUCUUAGAUUCCAAAAGGUUAAUGAACUACAUUAAAAAGCAAUUUCAGGACUUACUCUGUGCUCUUGCAAAUCAUUUUGCUAGAACACCAUUUCAAACCCUGUGUUUGACAAUAGUCACUAACAGCAUGGACUGCAUUGUCAGUAUAUGUUCCUUCUACUGAAAUGCUUAUGAAAUAAGUAGACAUUUGCAGCAAUGCCAGAUGGAGUUUAGCUUGCCAGAUCUAGAGGCCAAAGUGCUAUUAGUAGCACUUUCAAGGCAUCACUGAAAUUUUUCCUCUUCAAAAAUGUGGUUUACAGUUCUGUUGACCUGAAGUCAACCAUCUAACACCUCAGGUUGGGCAGGGAUUUUUUUUUGUGCGGUAUCUUUAUUAGUGAGGAUACUUAAGUUAGGUGAGACAUUACUUAACAUUACCAAGGAGCAAAAUUUGUGGCCCUCUUCAUUUUACCUCUCCUGUGAGGAACAGAAGACUAUAGAGAAAUGAAAGACAACUCAAAAUCACUGAAAAGAAGAUAAGAGAUCUUGAACUUCUUACACGAAAAAGACUCAAUUCAAACCUUAAAACUGCUAAACUCUGUUUUCUUCUUCAUUUGAAAGAACUCAUUUAUGAAUAAUUGCUUGGAAAUGACACUCGUAUGAGAUGAAGUUGUUUUUGCCGUAGGCUCUUACUCUAUACAAGUAAUUUUUUUUUCUGAGGGAAGCACAGGGAGUGGAUAAUAUUGUCGGGCAUUCCAUUUUACUUGCAUCUUGAUACUGGAGUCCUUGCCAAGUAGAACAACUGUCAAAAUCCUGAUGGAAGCUCCCUUUACCUUUUUUUUCUGGGGCUUUGUUUCAGUGCCUGUAGAUUCAAAGGACUGAGACAUCACAGAUGUUCACCAACCAUUGCCCAAAUAAGGGGGGAGAAAGGCUAUGGUGUAUAAAUCUGCUUUAAAACCAAGAAGGCUUACUUUGAUUGUCCUUGGAAACAUCUGUCUCUUUUCCAGUAUGACUUGCUAACUGUGGUGGUGUUAGCAUUUACAUUUUCAUAAAAUAUAUUGUCUUGUCUCCUCUUAAAGUACUUUUCAUCUCAUUUGUGUGCUGAUUCAUCAUGGAUAGCAUUAAUAAACUAACCAUAUCAAAAUUGCUUACACUGACUUUUCAAGUCAAACUUGCUUGUGUUUUCUAGCUUAAAGCACUCUUCCAUAUUUUGCUGCAAUGAAGCCUGACUUAAAACAGGUUGGUUUUUGUUUUUGUUUUUUACAAGACUUUGCGUUGGUUUUAUACUGUUGUAACUUGUCCCUUUCCUGAGCAUUAUAUCUAAGAAAAUUCCCUUGUGUGUUUUAUUGGGCAUCCUAACCAUUGGUUCAUUAUAUAGAACAGGUUUGCGAAGAGUUGGCAUCACUAGCAUCUGUUUCCAUAUCUGAGCCAACUCUCAGUUAAGAGUUGUUACUUAAAUGCAGCAGUCAUCUUUAUUGUUUGUUUCUUGGCUUAAAUAUGCACCAUGGGGGCACUAGCUCCAUUAAGAGUUGCUUUAGAAUCCGUAGAAAUGCACAAAUGCCUUUCCACAUACUUGAAGGGGUGUUGGAUGUACAACCGAAGGAAGAGCUCAGAAUCUUCAAACACUAAAUUGCCAGUCUUCCACUCCCCCGAGCUGCUUCUGCUUUCUUCAAGUUUUAAUUUCUGAGCUAGUGUGGAGUUACAGUGGUGGAGGCUAUAAAAUUUAUAUUCACAGAAACUGUUCAAGUUUAUAUAUUUGAAUCUCAAAAUAAGUUCAGAAGGGAAAUUGCUUUUCAAGCCCAGGCCAAUAUAUGUUAAAGUACACUGCUUAUUACAAAGUCUUACAUACACCUUCAAAAAACAGAUGACAUUUUCUAGAUUUGCCUUCGUAUGCCAAGUCAUGGUAGCUUAUGUUCCAAAUGAGAUCUUGCAACUGAAGAUCAUCUCAGUACUUGGGUCCAUAAGGUUCAGUUGAGAAUAGUUUUUGUUUGCAUUUGGGUUGUUAGUACAUAAGUGUGAAGGUUGUGUCACUUUUCUCUACUUUGUCUUAAAACACCAAUCUAAUCUGAGAUUGUGAACCAUUUCAGCUUGGUUAGCUUGUUAUAACUGAAAGAUGUCUGAUAGGUAGUCUGCAUUUUUGAGAGAGUUUUUGUUAUUAUUAAAUUAGUAUGUUAAUGACAGCACGUUAGACUGUAGCUCUAAAAAAGCUAUUGUGUAACCCUAGUAGCUAGAUUCAUCUCUUGUGCCCAAGCAGACUGACUGGUAACUGUUGUGUGACUGUUUCAGUAGUCAUACUUUGAAACUGGGUAUCAUGAUAGCUUUCUCUCCCCUUUCAGCUUACAUCAAUGAUUAGUCUCCUUCUUUGGCUAAGCUUCAAAUAAAUAAAUGAGAAAACAUAAUACCAAGUUACAGAUUUGCCUAAAAACCAGCCACUUAAAUUUUUCCUUUUUUUUUUUCUGUUGGGGGAUUUUAUCCAGAGCAAAAAAGAGAGAUCUCUGGAAGCUGGUCUUACAGCAAAGAUGUAUGAUGCUGUCAUAUAUAUAUGUAUGGCUGUUAUGGUGGCACUCAAAUUCAAAUGUCAUCUGCGUGAGGUGAGUCUUGAUGGUAUGCACGUGAUAUUGCAACACAUUCAGAAUAGUUCUGACUGGGCAGAUGAUGACUUCUUUGAGCCAAAUAUUCAAGGGCUGUGCUCUGCUAAAAAUGGCUAAUCUCCUCAAUGCACAAAGCAGACCCUAUUUCAGGCAUAGGCAACUGGUGCUUCUUGGAUAUAUAGAUAUAUAUCUGUACCUGUAGAGAUGUAGAUAUAUAUGUACUCUGGGCCUGUAGAUGACAACUGUUCUGCCAUUAGUGCAGUGAAGAAUUAAAUAUGCAGAAGUACAUUUUUGGUAGACGGUACUGUAUGAAGAAAAUUCUCAGAAUGCUUUAUUUAAAAAAAA